AUGACCUCGCAUGGUGUCUUCAGUCUGAUAAUCCGGCCACUGUACCGGGACGGCCUGUCAAAGAGCUCUAGAGAUAGGCUCAUCGUGACAGCUAGCGCUAUUGUCGCAUCGUGGGCUGCUGUAAUUGGCAGUGGGAGCUCUGCAGCUUCAGCCGGGCGACUUCUACCUUGGAUUAUCGUGACCAGCCACGUCUUCAAUGUAUACUACGAAUCAAAGGCUGCGAAGCCGUCUCGAUCAGUGAUCAACGGGGCUGUCUCGGCUGCGAUUCUCCUUGUCUUGGAGAGCAUUCACUACAGUCAAGAAUUAGAAGUUGCAGGCAAUACAUGGUUGUCUGUUUUCAGUAUUUCAAAGUCUGCCCUGCUGCUGGUAUUCUUCCUCUUCGUCCCAAGAGGAAACGACGAGUCGUACAAAGGUUCGCCUGUCGACCGUCAACACACCGCGUCUGUCAUCGAGCUCUUGACGUUUCUCUGGCCCAGAAAAACGUUCCGACUUGACAACCUGCAGAGAAAAAAUGUCGCAUCUCUGCCGGCGCUUCCCGCAGGCCUUCGGACAGCAGCGUUGACGGAACGUCAUCAACGUCUUGCAUCCCAGCUUGCUGCGCACAAGCUCAGCUCCGUUCUUCUAAGGGGCUACCUUGGCCCACUUGCCCUUCAAUCAAUCUUAGCCAUUUCAAGCUCUUUAGCUGUUCUUGGUCCAAACCUGGUCACAUAUCGACUACUGCAACAUCUCAGCGGCGAGCGUGAGGGCGGCAACCGCGACACCAUCUUCCUGGUAGCGCUCCUCGGUGCAUCCAGCCUUUUACCGGUAAUUCUCACCGCUUGGAUGAGAUGGGUUGGCUCUAGCAUGAUUGCUAUACCGAUGCGCUACACCUUGUCGGCCUUGACGUAUCAAAAGGUCCUGUCCCUGCCCACUAUUCCAGUCAGUCCCGAGGACAGAGAGGCUAAGAGCAUGGCCACAUUGCUCUACAUGAACGCUCUCAGCGCCCGGGCAUGUUCUGCGUUUCCGAUUUGCUACAAGGUCGUCGGGCUUUUGACGCAGCUCGUCUCCACAACCGCCGUCCUCGUCGCCCUUGUCGGAUGGAAGUCAGUCGCUAUUGCCAUUGCAGCUGCACUGUCCAUAACGCCCCUCACAACAGUACUCAUGAAGCGCUGGACAGCCUUGCUUUUGGGAAUUUGGAAGUUGAUGAGCAAUCGCAGUGCGGUUCUCCAGGACGCGCUCCUCGCUAUUCGCCAGAUAAAACUUUCUGCCGCCGAGCCUGCUUGGAAGCAGAAAAUCUACAACAUCAGAGAAAAAGAGGCAAAAAAAUACAACGACAUUGCCUGGUUGAUGUUUUGGACUGUAAUCGUCGGAAACAUCAGCCCAGCCGUCCUGAGUGGUGUCCCAAUAUACGUCUAUGCUUGGCAGGGUCAUCCUUUGACUGCCUCGGUGGCGUUUACGUUCAUCAGCCUGUUUAAGGAGCUUCAAGCAAAGCUAUGGGCCAUUCCCCAGGAGCUUCCGCGAAUUAAAGCCGGAUGGGAUAGCGCCGACGAAUUGGAUGCUUUUCUGAGAAAUAAAGAGAUGAGCGACUCUCAGUUUGUCCCGUCGGAUGCAUUGUCCUUGCGCGACGCUACCAUUACCUGGCACAGCGAAGCGAGUAAAAAGGAAGUAUUUCAAUUGAAAAACCUCGAGGCAGAUUUCCCGACCGGCGAGCUGAGUAUAAUAACUGGCAAGACGGGUUGUGGCAAGUCUCUGCUUUUGUUCGCUCUUGCUGGCGAAGCGAAGAUCUUGUCUGGUGACAUUUGUCGUCCUCUUUCUUCUACCAGGGAACAAAUCGGAGAUAGCGUUGCGAAAGACUGGAUCCAACCUGGCAGCUUUGCGUUGGUAUCCCAGAAUCCGUGGAUGGACAAUGCUACAAUACGAGACAACAUUCUGUUUGGUCUGCCCAUGGAUGAAGAACGCUAUACUCAUGUCCUCUACUGCUGUGCGCUAGAUAAAGACCUGCUCAGUUUCAAAGGCGGGGACAUGACUGUGAUUACGAUCAAGGGCGUUUCUCUCAGCGGUGGACAGCGAUCUCGUAUCGCUCUGGCACGGGCUCUCUACUCUCGAGCUGGCUUCUUGUUAAUGGACGACGUGCUGAGCGCUGUCGACACCGAAGUCCGCGAAUGGAUUGUGGGAAAAGCCCUUUGUGGGAGACUUGCGCGCGGCAGAACACGUAUUCUUGUUACACAUCACGAGGAGCAAGUACGCUCCAAAAUCUCAUACCGACUGCUUAUUCGCGACCAGACGGCAACGGCUGAGCUGGUCUCGAAGGACACCCCCUCCUCGAACGAGAAGGGUUCUGAAACAUCAUAUGCAAGUGACGGCUUCAAUUAUUCACAGCACCGCGUGCAAAGUGGUCGCUCGUCUGAAAAAGAGGCUACUACACCACCGGCGCAAGCUGUGGAACCAGAUGCAGCGGAUGAGACCUUUCGAGUAGCCCCCUACAUAAUGUACUUCAAGGCCAGCGGUGGUGCAGCAAGCUGGCUUCUCGCUCUAAGUUCUUUUGCUCUCUGCGAAUGGAACAGGAUCGCUGUGUCUACUUGGCUUGAGGAAUGGGUCUCCGAGAGCGAAGCUUCGCCAGGCGCUAUGAGGUCCCGUUUGUCCUCUGGGCAGGCGUAUAUGCUCAUGAGUGCUUUGACAACACUGACUAUAUCAAUGAGAGGAGUCUUGAUGUUCAGAAUCUACAGAACAGCUUCCAAAAAGUUGUUUACACAGGUAACUGAGCGUAUUUUCGGUGCACCGCUUCAGUGGCUUGAAUCGACUUCGCACGGCGAGAUUCUUCAGCGUUGUGAUCCGGACAUCAGAAGUCUUGACGAAAAUCUGGCAUACGCGCUAAGUGCCUUUAUUGGGUUAGCCAGUCAACUUAUCACUGUCCUAUGGAGCAGUGCCUCGUUUUCCUGGUACAGCACGCCUCACCUGACCGGGCUGUUCUAUCUAUUCUUUCUUGUUGGAAGAAAUCUCAUUCCGGCGACAAAAUACUUGACUGCCAUUUCUUCCACGACGAGCUCGGUAUUUGUGCAGCAUCGCGGUUCGUUGUACGCUCCGGACGGAGUGUCGACCGUGCGCGCGUACGGAAUGAAAGUCUACUUCUUCCAGCGCGCGAACCACAUACUAGACCAAAUGGCAUCGGCCACGUGGUAUAAUGAUCUCCACAGAGUCGCGACAGACUUCCAUAUUGGGUUUCUGGGAGCUAUCUACGUCACGCUGUCGUCUUACUCUAUUGUGGUGUCGGGGGUCGGACCCGGCACUGCGGGCGCAGCACUGUCUUUUGCUGUACAGCUCAGCGAAAUUGUAUCAGGCUGCCUGAAACAAAUAGCGGCAAUGGAAUCCGGGCUCGUGACCGCCGAGAAGGUUGACGAGUAUGGUUCGAUUGAGCAGGAGCCAGUUGAUGGGUUAGAUGUUGGAGAUUUGUGGCCCGAAGCGGGAGAACUUCAAGUCUCAAGGUAUGUGGCUGGUUAUGGUCCUGGACUGCCUGAUACUUUGCGCGAAGUUACUUUUGCCAUCAAGCCCGGUGAGCGUGUUGGUAUGGUUGGCAGAACAGGCGCUGGCAAGUCGACUCUGGCGCUGUCCUUUGCCCGACUUCUUGAGAAACGAGGCGGAACCAUCUCCAUCGACUCGGUGGACAUUUCACUUAUCAAACUUGAAGUGCUGCGCAAGCGAAUCCUCACCAUUCCUCAAGAUCCACACCUUUUUGGAGGUACACUCCGAGAUGUGAUCGACCCAGAUGGCGCAUAUUCCGAUGAGGAACUAGUUGCCUCGUUGCAGCAAUAUCGGUUUUUCUCUACAGACACAGAAAACAAGAUCGACACAGUAGAUUUUGGUCUGUCAUUCAUCGUCAGUGACGGCGGCGCCAAUCUUUCUCAGGGCCAGCGACAGAUUUUGUGUCUCGUCAACGCGGUCCUCUCUCGGAAGAAGGUUGUGAUUAUGGAUGAGGCGACAAGCGCCGUGGACAUGGAGACAGAUGCUGCGAUACAAAUCGCGAUCCGGGAGGGACUGCGCGAUUCCACAGUCAUGGUCAUUGCUCAUAGGCUGGCGACUGUCGCUCAUUUAGACAGAGUGCUGGUCAUGCAGGAUGGGAAAGUGGUGGAAUUUGGUAAGCCAUCGGAGCUGUAUCAGCAGAAGGGGCAGUUUUGGGCGUUGGUCAGCCAUAGCAUUGAUAAAGAGAAGCUGGUCAAGAGCUUUUCUGAUGGGAAGUAA